GUCGCUCCUCGACAAUCUCGGCGCGGCAUCCAAGAUGUUCAAAUCACAAGGACGGGGAAGCCCAUUCUCAACCUUAGCGGAGGACGAUCGUCACUUGGAGGUAUCGAAUUCAACUCUGCCCCCGCCAACACUUCACUUGACUGACCCCUCGUUAGGCCACACAGCAACCGUGUUCGGAGCAACCGGGUUCUUGGGAAGAUACAUCGUGAAUCGAUUGGCCCGGACCGGAUGUACCGUCAUAGUUCCGUUUCGCGACCCCAUGGAGCGACGACAUUUGAAGGUUUCCGGAGAUCUCGGCCGUGUGAACUUCAUUGAGUUCGAUCUCCGUAACUUGGACUCUAUCGACGAGAGUGUAAGACACUCGAACAUGGUCUAUAACCUCAUCGGCCGUGACUAUCCCACCAAAAACUAUGAUCUGGAGGACAUCCAUGUGACGGGAGCCGCACGGAUUGCUGAGGCCGUCGCUAAGUAUGAUGUGGACCGUUUCGUGCACGUUUCAUCGUUCAAUGCCGACAAGGCUUCCCCAUCGGAAUUUUUCAGGACCAAGGCUCAAGGCGAGGAGGUGGUUCGAAAUAUAUUUCCCGAGACCACCAUUGUCCGACCUGCUCCGAUGUUCGGCUACGAAGAUAAAUUGUUGAAUACGCUCGCGAGUGUUACCAACCUUUUCACGUCAAACUCCAUGCAGCAGAAGUUUUGGCCCGUCCACGCAAUUGAUGUUGGCAUGGCCCUCGAAAAGAUGAUCCAUGAUGACACAACCACCGCCGAGACUUAUGAGCUGUACGGUCCAAAGGAAUAUUCGAUGGAGGGAUUGGCCGAGCUCGUUGACAAGGAAAUCGUCAAGAAACGCCGCCACAUCAACGUUCCGAAGGCUGUAAUGAAACCAAUCUCGGACAUCCUGAACCGAUUGAUAUGGUGGCCAGUUGGAUGUGGUGACAUGGUCGAAAGAGAAUUUAUUGAUCAAGUCAUCGAUCCAAAUGCGAAGACAUUCAAUGACCUUGGAAUCGAGCCCUCCGAAGUCAAAGACCUGACGUAUCGAUAUCUCCUCGAGUAUCGAAGCUCAUCUUAUUACGACCUUCCUCCAAUGACCGAGAAAGAGCAUAGUGAAGAGCGGAAGUACUUGCACGUCGUCGACGAUCGGUGAUUUACAAGGAAUAAAGGAAUCGUGCACGACGGAAUUCGUUUUGUAAAUAAAUUAGCGGCGCGG